UGUGGAUGCUCCCAUUUUAAUUUGAGCUUUUCUGGCCCAAUAGUUUUUGAGAAGAAGAUUUUUAAAGAUUUUCUCUAUAUAUUGCUAUUUAAAAAUUCAUCCCCCCACUGUGGCCUCACCCUACCCCCGGGGACCAUGAUUUGAACAAUUUUGAAUCUACACUUCCUGAGGAUGCUUCCAUUUAAAUUUGAGCUUUUCUGGCCUAAUAGUUUUUGAAAAGAAGAUUUUUAAAGAUUUUCUCUAUAUAUUCCUAUGUAAAACUUGAUCCCCUUCUUGUGGCCCCUCCCUACCCCCGGGGACCAUGAUUUGAACAAACUUGAAUCUACACUACCUGAGGAUGCCUCCACACAAGUUUUAGCUUUUCAGGCCAAAUAGUUUUUGAGAAGAAGAUUUUUGAAAAAUACCAACAAAUUUUCAAUAAUUCUCAAUUAUCUCCCCUUUAAAGAGGGCGUGGCCCUUCAUUUGAACAAACUUGAAUCCCCUUCACCUAGUGGUGCUUUGUGCCAAAUUUAGUUGAAAUCUGCCCUGUGGUUCUUGAGAAGAAGAUGAAAAUGUGAAAAGCUAACGACGACGACAACGACUACGACAACGACUACGACAACGACAGACAACAGACAAAUUGUGAUCAGAAAAGCUCACUUGAGUCUUUGGCUCAGGUGAGCUAAAAAUAAUGGCAGACCCAAAGAUGCAUCAUUGGACCCAUUCUGGAAUGCCCUAGACGUCUAUUUAGAUGAGGUAUCUGUUGUUCAAGAGAGGCGUCACUCUGAUAAAAUGUACAUUGCCCUUAGCCAUUAGCUGCCAGGAUUUGAGAGAAACUAUAGCUGCAAGGCUGCCUGCAGGAUCAAAUAUACCAUCCCGGUCAUGGUUAUCACUGAAUUUUUGGCCCUCCAACGCUUUUGUGAGAUCAGCAGUAUGCUACACAAGCCGUUUUAAAGUCAAGUAUGCUGUACAGCAAAGACUAACAAGAGCGAAACAUCCCGAUUCAUCUUAUGCCUUCAAUCUCCAUUCUAUGAUGAAGGAAAUGGCAGUGAAGUUGGGUACAGAUUGUGCCUUAGUAUGCCUAGAUGACAAUUCUAUAGGUGAACCUGGUUCAUCGACAUCAACAGGUGUUAGAGCUCAUAACAAGUCUUUGAUACCGAAGGGCGCCAAGCUGUCAGCCCUUGACCAUGACUUCCACAUUCAUGGUGCAGUGCCAUCAGUGCUGCUAGAUGUUAAAUUGAGCUACCUCAGUGUAAAGAUGACAGGUUUUACAAUGGUGUUCUUCAUGUCACUGUAAAGGGUAAGGUUUUUACACCAUCCAGUCCUAAACGCCAUGCAACUGAAAGCAUAUCUAUUUUUAGGAAUACCAGAAGUUCUGAUGGACUUUCCCUUGAGUGUCCGAUUCUCUUUAUCUACACUGAUGGAGGACCAGAUCAUAGAACAACCUUUUGGAGUGUAAAACUUGCCCAUAUAUAUAGCUUCAUUUAUUACACUUGACUUGGACCUUCUCGUUGCAGCUAGGACUGCACCCUUUCACAGCUUCAAUAAUCCAGCUGAGCGUUGCACGAGCCUGUUGAAUCUGGGUCUACAAAAUGUAUGCCUGCAAAGAAAUUCCAUGGAAGCCAACAUAGAAUACAUUGUUAAACCUGCAUCAACAUUAAAAAAACUGAGGGACCUUUCUGAGAGACAACCAAAUGUCAAAACAGCACUUGAAGAGUCCCUAAAACCUACCCUUUCUCUUUUGAAACAUAGAUUUUCUAAGCUCAAGCUACAUGGCAGACCUGUAGUUGUACAUGAUGCUGUAACAUUGGAAGAGAUCAUGAAUAUUAGUGAUGUCCUGGAUUUGUUUAAAGAUGCAGAAGAUUCUAGUAGUGUGAUAGAUACAAAAGAGAAAAAUGCACCAAAAAAGUUGAAGGCUUUCAUAGACAGACAUUGCAGAGCACGGCAAUAUUCAUUCCAGAUAAAAAAAUGUGAUGCUGCUGAUUGCUGGUAUUGCACCCUCAACCCAAAGAGACUACCAGCAGAUAAGCCACUUCAUUGGUUGCCUGGUCCCACUAGAGGUCCUGAUGGCACUUUCCAACCUCUUGAGGAUCUCUUGGGCACUGAGACAAUAGACAGGGAUUGUCCUGGUCUCAGUGAUAAAGGAACCACAACAGAAAAUGACAAGUUUUGAUAGGAGGUAAAGUUCGCAGUUUCAUCAUGUGCUGUCUCUGUGAAAAACGUAGAGUUGUUUAUUGCAAGGAACGCCUAAGCAGACAACGUUACUGAUAUUGAGGAGGUCCAAGAUAACCUUCUCUAUACUUGUGGAUCUAUGCUGUUCCCCUCUGGUCAUAGAAAUCAUGAGACUGUUGUAGUCAAGGAGGGACUUGAGUGUGCAGCCAAGAUGGAAACGACCUAUUCUGCUGGCAUCACCACCAAGUUUCAGCCGGUUGUUUUUACUGUGGCGACACGGAGGUGGACAGCACAUCCCUGGCUGAAGACUGUGCAAGACUUGAAUAAACAUUACAGCAUUGUCCGGCCCAUUUGUUUUAACUGCAUAUCAAGAGGCAUCCAGCCUAAAGUUCG